AUGCUCUAUUUAAAGGGCGCACGUAAGUGUUGAUUCCAAUUUAUCCUCCUGGGAAGGAGUUUGUUUGGAGUGAGUAUCCUAUUUGUGUGUGUUUGUGUGUAUUUUUGUGUGUGUGUGUGGAGAAAGGGAGUGUGUAUUUAUAAGGAAUUAAGUAUAAUAAGAUUAAUAGAGUAUUAAAGGAAAAAAUAAGGUUAGAAUGAGUUAAGAUAAUUAUAGGAUAAAAAACAGAGGUAGAUGGAAAGGAAUUGCUGAAAUAAUUAACAGGAGUGGAAUACAAAAAGGGAGGUGUGAGGAGGUCGAGGAAAUAAGUGAAUGAAAGAUGGGAUAAUGAAAUUUGAUUUAUUUUAUUGUUGCAUUGUUUUGUUAGUUUAAUGCAUUGUAUUGUAUGUGUUUUUUCUUUUAGUGUUUAAAUUUUUUAGAAGAGUAAUAAAUAUUAUUUUUUUAAAAAAAAUGUCUGUGUGUGUGUGUGUGUGUGUGUGUGUGUGUGUGUGGAGAAAGGGAGUGUUUCUAUUUCUCCAUAAUAAUAGUGUUUGUGGAAGGGGCGUUAUUAGUUUGUUUUCAUUUCUUUGUGUUCUCAUUCUGCGUUCUUACGUUGUGAACUGGGAUCUUUGGAUGAAGAGCAGUAUACACCUUUAAUAAUAAUUCUUUUUGUGGGUCCAACACACUGGACCAACUUCAAUGGGAUGGAUCAGGCAAUUGGGAACAACAGAUAGGCUUGGCUCUCUAGAGACUGGGGUGGGGUGCUGGCUAAGGGCCGAGAUGCUCUCAGGGGUCCACUGACCCACUGGCCAUCUUGACCCUCCAGGACUGGGGUAUUGCAGCUGAAGGAAUCCUGUUUGUUGCUUCUGCCACAAGGGCCUCUCCUCUGCCUUUCUCUAGGGCCUCAGUGGUUCCUAAUAAUAAUAACAAUAACAACAACAACAACAACAACAACAACAAUAAUAAUAAUAAUUUAUUCAUACCCCGCCCUUGUGGCUGGGUUUCCCCAGCCACUCUGGGCAGCUUCCAACCAAAUAUUAAAAACAAUACAGCAUCAGACAUUAAAAUCUUCCCCAAACAGUUGUCUUUUAAAAGUAAAAUAGUUGUUUAUUGCCUUGACAUCUGCUGGGCAGGCAUCACUACCAAGAAGGCCCACUGCCUGGUUCCCUGUAACCUCACUUUUCGCAGCGAGGGAACCAACAGAAGGCCCUCGGUGCUGGACCUCAGUGUCCUGGCUGAAUGAUGGGGGUGGAAACGCUCCUUCAGGUAUACAGGACCGAGGCCAUUUAGGACUUUAAAGGUCAGCACCAGCAGUUUGAAUUGUGCUCAGAAAUGUACUGGGAGCCAAUGACGAUCUUUCAGGACCGGUGUUAUAUGGUCUUGGCGGCCACUCCCAGUCAGCAGUCUAGCUGCUGCAUUCUGGAUUAAUUGCAGUUUCUGAGUCACCUUCAAAGGUAGCCCCACACAGAGCGCAUUGUAGCAGUCCAAGCGGGAGAUAAAUAGAGCAUGCACCACUCUGGCAAGACAGUCUGUGGGCAGCUGCUCCACCUCAUCUGGAGUUACUUCAUACCAUUGAAUUCCACCACGUCAAACACAUCUCUUCUAAAAUGUGCAAAGAUUCCUGCGCGCAGUUGUGUUUUCAUGCACUCCACUGCGACAUCCUUGCUAGGGUCUUUGGAGUAUUGUCAGGGACUGUGCUGAGGAGGGCUGCACUGAGGAGGAAUGGUUGGAUCCUGAUCAGGAUCCCGAAUCUUCCCAGGAGCAGGGAAGUUUUAUAGAUUUGGAAUAGUGGUUUGCAGAGGGACAUAGUUCAGAAGGCAGAAGCUAGGAAGUACUGGGUGGGGAACAGCUAGGAGGAGGAGAACUGGGAGAGAGAUAGUUAACAGACUCACUGUCGCUGGAAAGCAUCCAUCCACUCAGCCCAAGGUCAAGGAGAGCAGAUAAGGUGGCAGCACAGAAAGUACAGUGGUUGCAAGAUCAGGUUACAAGACAUGGUAGUGACAUGGAUGACUAGGGAGGGAGUGAGUGAAGUCCUUAAUUGGGAGCACCGCCAUUCCUGGGAAUGGAUUCUUUGUUCUCUCACUGAGAUCUUUUAAAUUUCUAACUGGUAAGAGACUUAUUUCGCUUUGUUCUGCUUAUCUAUGGCUGAGGGUGGGGGUGGGGGAGAAUCCUGACAAGCUAGUAUCCCACAUUGGCGUUGGAAGUCUAGCAGCCCAGGAAGUAAAUUGUAUUGAAUUCAAUGAGGUUUACUCCCAGAUAACAGAGGUUAGCAGGAUGUCACAGCCUUCCAAAAUCUUUUGAAUCCCUUGCUUUAUAAAGUUAUGAUACCUUUUUUGAGCUCCUUUGCUUAGUGCCAGUCACCUCUCCUAAAACAAAGAAUCUCUUAACACUGUGAUUUUCUCCCAAACCUCCCCAAAGAUUACCCCCCCUUUCCCCUACUUCUUACUCCCCACCUCCCAAACUCUUUGACACUGCAGGAGACUCUUGGGGGCUCUCAGUUCUGGUGCAUUUAUUUGCAGGUCUCUUCUGUGAGAUGUAGAUGCAACAAUAGGGCAUUCGUGAUGGAUUCAGACACACUGUUCUGCUUAUUGUCCUGAGAUUGUUCCCUAACAGUGACCACAUUAUGACACUCUGGAGGGGUUCCCUUGCAAUGUAGUGGAACAAAACAGCAACAGCCUUAGAAUAUUUGUGGUAUUAAAAAUGACAGGAUUCCAUUGGGAGGUUAUGGGCCAUGCGCUGAUUGGAAAUGAAGCAGUAUGUCUGCCCCAAAACAUUUGUAGGCACCAACAGAAUUCUGGCUCAGGGCUUCUUUUCAGCCGGAAUUCAAGUGGGCGUUAUUGCUAUUAUAAGAGAACCAGGGAGGCGUUCAUGGUGAGUUCUGGUACCUUUUUCUUUACUAGAAAAUUAGCUCUGUGUAUAAAGGUAAAGGUAAAGGGACCCCUGACCGUUAAGUCCAGUCAUGGACGACUCUGGGGUUGCGCGCUCAUCUCGCUCUAUAGGCUGAGGGAGCCGGUGCUUGUCCACAGACAGCUUCCAGGUCAUGUGGCCAGCAUGACUAAGCCGCUUCUGGCGAACCAGAGCAGCGCAUGGAAACGCCGUUUACCUUCCCACUGGAGCGGUACCUAUUUAUCUACUUGCACUUUCACGUGCUUUCAAACUGCUAAGUGGGCAGGAGCUGGGACCGAACAACAGGAGCUCACCCUGUCGCGGGGAUUCGAACCGCCGACCUUCUGAUUGGCAAGCCCUAGGCUUUGUGGUUUAGACCACAGCGCCACCCACGUCCCUGUUAGCCCUGUGUAUAGCCAGCCCAAUACCAUCCUGGAUGCACAAUAAAGAAGAUAGCUUUGGAAGACCCCCAGGACUGCAAAUGUUGCCCAAGAAUUACCACCUGGUAUUCCAGCUCAUUGUCAUUGCAUUUCAGAAGGACGUCGGUUCAUCUCAGAGGAGAGCCAGAGGAAGGAUCUGUACGACAGGCUGCAGCUAGGUAAGCAAGGCUGUGUGUGAAGCAGAUUGAAAUUGGACACCACCACCACUUUUAGAAAACAUGUAAGUGCCUCUGCCUAGUAAAAAUGGAUCCUAAUGUGUAUUGAAAAUACGUUUGUCUUUGCAGAAACACGGAGCCAAAACGCAAACCCUCUGACCCUUCCCGAAGCUGUGGCGUUGUUUCUGUCCUCCUUGCAAAAAGCGCAUGAGGAAGGUAACAUCUCAUUUCGCUCCAGGAGUUCCUUUUGCAGAUUACUGCUAAUCGAAACCAACUUGCUGCUCCUUUGUCAUUUGCAAGGCCCAUUUCUUGUGCAAUUCCUUCACUGUGAUCCAUUGGGUUUUAUUACUGCUGUAGCCAUAACAUGCAUGUGUGCCCGUUGUCAUGAGAUUAAAAACCACCCAGUGAUAUGUGUGAGUCGGAAAAUGUAAACAGCCAUUUGUCUCUCGGAUAAUGUCCCAAGACAGCUUUUAAAAACAUAUAUGCUAAGGACGCAACUCAGUACUCCAUUAAAGGUAAAGGUAAAGGUAAAGGGACCCCUGACCAUUAGGUCCAGUCGUGGCCGACUCUGGGGUUGUGGUGCUCAUCUCGCUUUAUUGGCCGAGGGAGACAGAAUACAGCUUCCGGGUCAUGUGGCCAGCAUGACUAAGCCGCUUCCGGCGAACCAGAGCAGCACACGGAAACGCGGUUCACCUUCCCGCCAGAGCGGUACCUAUUUAUCUACUUGCACUUUGACGUGCUUUCGAACUGCUAGGUUGGCAGGAGCUGGGACCGAACAACAGGAGCUCACCCCGUCACGGGGAUUUGAACUGCCGACCUUCUGAUCGGCAAGUCCUAGGUUCUGUGGUUUAACCCACAGUGCCACCCGUGUCCCUAAGUACUCCAUUAUCUUCUGGUAAAUGCCAAUGAAAUCAAUGUAGAAUGGCUGCCAGUAAGUGUUGACAUUGCUGACUCCAUCGAAGGAGUCUCAUGUUUCUAUUUGGGAAAGACCAAAAUUCAGCAGAAGAGCAUCUGAUUGAUUUCAUGUAGUACAUGAUUUAUUUUGAUCCUAUUACGGCUUUAGAUACCUAUUAGGUCCAUAAAUUACCAUAUAGCAUAUAUUCAACACAAAAAAACAGUGGCAAUUUGUUGCUGACAAAGGACAGCUGGACAUAUAAAGGGCCCCAUUACCUUCUGUAGCUUAGGGCCUCAUCAAACCUAAAUCCGGCCCUGCACAGAGGCAUGCGUUUUUAAAAAUACUAAAAGACAGUACUAGGCCAUCCUGCAGAGCUCUUCUGAACGCUACCACUCUUUGUUCUAGCAGGUGAAGAGGAUACGGAGGAGAAGCCUGGCUAUGUUGCUGAUGGGCUGCUGAACUGGUGA